CUCUAUAUAUGAUGUGAGGGACAAUUCCGAAGAUUGAAGUCUAACAGCCAUGGCAUCUUCCUCCUCCCCCUCCUCCCUCUUCCUUCUCUUGUCUUUGAUAUCGUUCUCAGGGGUAGUCAGCAGCCGCCAACUCAGCAUUCCACGUAAGCCUGAGCCCUCAAAUGCUGCGGGAACUGCUCGCUGGCUUGCUGCCCAAAACUCUUGGGGCGUUCUCAGUACUAUCUCUAAUGAUCUUGAAGGAGCUCCAUUUGGAAAUGUGGUUUCUUUUAGUGAUGGAUUGCCCGGGCAAGGCCGUGGAAUUCCCUACUUCUAUUUGACAACCCUGGAUCCCACUCCGAGGGAUGCAUUGAAGGAUCCAAGGGUUUCAUUUGCGAUUAGCGAGGCUCCGACGGGGACUUGUGGGAAAAUUGAUCCGGAGAAUCCUACUUGCUCUAAACUUACCCUCAACGGCAAGUUCAAAUUGGUUGAAGGCAACUCUUCCGAAGCUGAGUUUGCUCGACAAGCUCUAUUCUCUAAGCAUCCAGAAAUGAAGGACUGGCCGGAAGAUCACAACUUCCAAUUAUUCAAGUUAGAUAUCGAGCACAUAUUUCUAAUUGACUGGUUUGGUGGGCCAAAGCCUCUAUCUCCAGAAGAGUACCUCAAAUAUAAACAGAAUCAGUUUUCCUUACUCUCCCUGGCAUGAAAUAUUUCUUCAUAGGCAUUGCCUGGAUUCCUAAAAAGUGCCCACGCCAAUUACAGUGAUGUGCAAUAUUAUGUUGUAUUACUUUGUGAAUAUUCAUGUUGAUUAUUUGUCGACUAUUAUCAAUCAUUCGUAUGAUUGGUUCAAAGAAGUUAUCACCGGGUCAAAUAUUCUGAUGCGGAAUUAUUAUUA